CUUCCUCACUUAGUAGUGCUUCUUACCUUCACUCACUCACACACACUCACUCGCAUCAAAAACAGUGUAACAGUAACUACAAAAAGCGAAGAAGAAAAACAAGAGUUUCCGACUCUCUGAAAGCUUCUCGCUUUCUCAAUGGGGACUCGAAUCCCUUCGCAUCAGUUAAGCAGUGGACUCUAUGUUUCGGGUCGACCCGAACAGCCGAAGGAGCGGUUACCGACAAUGUCGUCGCGCUCUGUUCCGUACACCGGCGGUGACCCCAAGAAAUCCGGCGAGCUUGGUAAAAUGCUUGAUAUUCCUGGAUUGGAUCCUAAAUCUUCUCAUCCGUCUUCUUCCUCUCAACAUAACAGUGGUCAGGCGAGAUCCAGACCGAACUCGGGUCCAAUUGGAAGGAAUAGCGGUUCGGGUCAAAUUGGAAGGAAUAGCGGUUCCGGUAAUAUGUCAAGGAAAUCAACUGGCUCCGGUCCUAUAGCGUUGCAGCCGACUGGGUUAAUCACGUCGGGACCAGUGGGAUCCGGUCCGAUUAAUGUGAGUAGGCGGUCGGGUCAGCUGGAGCAACCCGGUUCGGUUGGAGCAGGGAAAGCGGUUUAUGGUUCGGCGGUGACGAGUUUGGGCGAUGAAGUGAAAGUUGGGUUUAGGGUUUCGAGGUCGGUGGUGUGGAUUUUUAUGGUGGUGGUUGCAAUGUGUUUGCUUGUUGGAGUGUUUUUGAUGGUGGCUGUGAAGAAACCGGUGAUCUUGUUUGCACUUGGAGGGAUUAUUGUGCCGGUUGUUGUUUUGAUUACUUGGAAUUGUGUUUGGGGAAGAAAAGGGCUUUUAGGGUUUGUUAAAAGGUAUCCUGAUGCUGAACUUAGAGGUGCCACUGAUGGACAGUAUGUUAAGGUUACUGGGGUUGUAACUUGUGGCAGUAUUCCUUUGGAGUCAUCUUAUCAAAGAGUAUCUAGAUGUGUGUAUGUCUCCACAGAAUUAUAUGAAUAUAAAGGAUGGGGUGGGAAAUCAGCGAAUCCUAAACAUCGAUGUCUUACUUGGGGUUCUAGAUACUCUGAGAAAUACGUAGCAGACUUCUAUAUAUCAGACUUCCAGACCGGGUUAAGAGCAUUAGUGAAAGCAGGCUAUGGUGCCAAAGUUGCUCCUUUCGUGGAACCCACUACUGUUGUUGAUGUUACAAAGGAGAACAGAGAGUUAUCUCCAAACUUCUUAGGCUGGCUCGCAGACCGCAAACUCUCUACUGAUGACCGAAUAAUGCGCCUCAAGGAAGGGUACAUCAAAGAAGGCAGCACAGUAAGUGUGAUGGGAAUAGUCCGUCGACACGAGAAUGUGCUCAUGAUUGUUCCUCCAACAGAGCCUGCCUCAACUGGUUGUCAAUGGAGCCGCUGCCUUUUGCCAACCAACGUUGAAGGUCUUAUCAUGACAUGUGAGGACAACCAAAAUGCCGAUGUCAUUGCUGUUUAGUGUAAUCUUCCCUCGCUUUCUGUUCCUCGGAAAUAGAUGUCACAAUACUGAGUUGGCACAAACCGAUGGGGAAAUCCUAUGCUACGGAAUAAGUAUUAUUUCCUUUCCACAUGCACGUUUUCCGAAGAAGAUCCAUAGCAGAUUACUAAUAUUUUCCUAAUAAUCAGAAUACCACCUCAUUGAUAUGACAUGAGAUUUGGAUUUGCUGCGGUCAACAAUCUACGCAUUCACACAGUUAGCUCGUUGAUGGCCUUUGGAUUGAGAUCGGACAAUUUAAAUUCAAGAUCGGUAUUUUAGUUUUUUCAAAUUAAAAUAUAAAUUUAAAUGUGAACUAACUCCGGUGUCAAUCCAACUAUCACCAACAUACUGACUGCGUGAAGCGUUGCAUAACUUACCACAAAAAUUCAAACCCAUAUUAUGUGAGGAUUCAUCAAGGCCAAACUAAAAACAGUUUGGGAAUAUGAUAUCAAUGUUUCCACGAAGUUGAGCAUUGUUAUUUUUCUAUUUAUUUUAUGUACAUAUAGCUAGAGGAGCCCAAAGGGGUUCAUAGUAGUUGCUUUAUUAUGUUUGAGCUGAUUUCUAGAAGGAUUGUAGUUUUGUUGACAAAUAUUAAUUGUCAAUGCUUGGUUAAGUUUUAUUCUUAAGUUGAUAUUAUUUUGUUAUGCCACUGUUACUAGUUGUAAAAAUUGAAAACUAUCAAUGUUAGCACGAUAAAGCUGUGUAAA